CUCUUUUUUUCUCCCCUGCACCGAACAAGAACCCAUCCAAGCCGACAGCACCCAAUUGAGAGAAACGGUAAAAAGCUUGGGGAUUUCUCUUUCUUUUCUUGUUCUAGAACACAUAUAGAACCCAGAAAUCUCCCCCUGGAGAAAAUCCCGGAUCUGCCCUGCUCUUUCCUUCCUUCCGUCGGCUACUCUUGCUUGUGGGUGUGAUUUUUUCGGUUCUAGUAAGAGGAAACACCCAUUAAAUUCUCUGUUCUUCCUUGAAUUGGCUUAGGUUUACUCCAAUUUCCUUUGGUUUCUCCAAUUUCCGGUAGAUUCCCCCUGAAUUUCUCCUGCACUUCCCGCCGGUCUUCCCCAAUCUACAGCUCCGGUUUGUUUGCUAAAAAUUCCUGGUAUGUGAUAGCUCCAUUUAAGUCCAAAUUAUCCAUUUAAAUUGUUGCCUGUGAUGUCCGAAAUUCUGCAGUAAUUAGGGGAUAAUUCCGUAGCUUUAGGACAAAAUUUAAGCAUUAAUACAAGUGGAAUUUAUGUGAUUGAAUGUUAAUUGACUGCUGUGAGAUUUUGGAGAAAAAUCCCGUGAGAUUAACUAUGGUUUUGCCAAUUUUUGAAGGUUGCAGUCACUGUUCACUGCGUAAUUACUGUUUAUAAUACUGUUCACAGAUACUGUUUAUGGGUAGUUACUGUUUAUACACUGAAUUUCAAUUAUUUGGAGUAGAAAAUCUCAUGGAGUACAUGAGUUAUACAUGUUGAUAUAAAUGGCAUUAUGAUUAGAGGGUAGUUGUGGUGAUUUCUUUUGGAUUCAUGGUAGUAUGGUUAUUAAUUCUUGAAAUGUUUUGGCUAGAUUCUUGAUUAUUCUGUCACCCUAGCACUUGGAGUGAAUUUUCUGUGUUACGUGAUUUGAGGAAGCAAAGUCAAGGAUGGGGAAAAACGAGGGGAGUAAUGAGUUAGAAGGCUAGCCAUCUUGUAAAUUGAACAUAGAUUUUAGAUAUAAAUCAUGAUCUUAUAAGCUAGACUUUAUUUGGAGAUCUUAUGAUAUUAGAGUAAAUUUUAUAAUUUUAUGUUCAAAUUUUGUGAUAUCAAAUUUUGGUAUGAUAAAGUUCCGAACCUUGUGCAUUUGUGAGACCCUCUCACAAGUGUAUGGCGUUUGUCACGUCCCCGGAUUUGGGUUCUGGGGUGUUACAAAAGUACAAUUUUGUCUAUACAUUAUGGGGGUGUUUGUUAGGAUAAUUCACACCAAUUCCUUCAUUUUUUGUUUGUUUAAUAACAAUAUCAAGACCACAACAUUGCAAAACCACAAAUGCAUUAGUUUAAGGUUAUUAGCUUUAGGGUUAGACUUUUUGGGAUUCAAGCACUCUGAUUCCUUUGAUUCAACAAAAGUAAAAAGAAGUGAGCACAGUUUGAGUGCCGGGCUAAGAAAUGUAUUUUGGUAAUAUUCAGACCAUUGCCCAUUGGAAUAGGUUAUUGGGAUUGACAAUAGUCUAAAUAAGGUUGACUAGAAUCUAGAAACUUUUCCUCUUAAACUUUUUCUUCUUUUCGUUUAAGCAUAACACCACUCUCUUGUGCCCUAAUGUCAUUUCUAUAAAAGUCGGCUUAAUGC